AUGUUCAACUUCCGGCGGUUCUGCGUGACCGCGGCCCUCUUCAUGGGGCUGGCCGUCCUCUGCUUCUCACAGACGGUGGCCGCGGCCAAGGGUCCCAAGAUCACCCACAAGGUCUUCUUCGACAUUGAGCACGACGACAAGCCCAUCGGCCGCAUCGUCAUCGGCCUGUACGGCAAGACCGUCCCCAAGACCACCGAGAACUUCCGCCAGCUGGCCCUCAAGCCCAAGGGCGAGGGCUACGAGGGCUCCACCUUCCACCGUGUCAUCAAGGACUUCAUGAUCCAGGGUGGCGACUUCACCAAGGGCGACGGCACCGGCGGAAAAUCGAUCUACGGCGAGCGCUUCGAGGACGAGAACUUCAAGCUCAAGCACAGCAAGAAGGGCAUUAUGUCCAUGGCCAACGCUGGCAAGGACACCAACGGCUCGCAGUUCUUCAUCACCACCGCCAUCACCUCGUGGCUGGACGGCCGUCACGUCGUCUUCGGCGAGGUCAUCGAGGGCUACAACAUCGUCGAGCAAAUCGAGAACGUCGACAAGGAGCCCGGUGACAAGCCCAAGAAGACGGUCAGGAUCGCCAAGAGCGGCGAGCUUGAGGUUCCCGAAGAAGGUAUUCACAUGGAGCUGUAA